UCCGCACGGAGCCCCCCCGACCCCCGCCCCGGGCGGAAGGGCGGCCCCGGCGGAGGGGCGGGCGGGGGCAGGGCCGGGGAGGGGACGGCGGCCCCGCCGGCUCUGCCCCUUCUCCGGGGCUCGGCGGAGCGCGGCCGCCCCUCGCCGCGCCCCCUCCCCGGCAGCCGGAGCUCGGCAGAAGCCGGCGGGAGCCCGGCGGAGCCGCCGAGCCCGGAGCGCGCAGCGGAGCCCGGCGGGGAUGCGGGAGGCGGCGAGCGGCUGAGGACCCGGCUCCGGCCGGGCGGAGCACACCCCCUCCCUCCCUUCCCUUCCCUUCGCCUCCCUUCCAGCCCUCCGGAUCUGGGAUCUACCUGACCGCCUUGGGAAUUAUCCUUUUUUUUUUUUUUUUUCAAUCGCAACCCCCCGUUUUUUAAUUUUUUUUUGCCUGAUUUUUAAUAUAUAUUCUUUUUUCGCACACGUGGAGGAGCGCGUGGAUUUCCUACCAUGAUCUUGGCAAACGCCUUCUGCAUCGUCCUCUUCGUAGACGAGUUCCUGCGCUCGCUGGCCGGGCCGCCCUCUCCGCCGGGGCUGGCCCCGGCCCCGCCGGGCUGGCGAGCGCCCGUGGACUGCGUGCGAGCCAACGAGCUGUGCGCGGGCGAGCCCAGCUGCAGCUCCCGCUACCGCACCCUGCGGCAGUGCCUGGCCGGGCGCGACAGGAACACCCUGCUGGCCAACAGGGAGUGCCAGGCCGCGCUGGAGGUGCUGCAGGAGAGCGCCCUGUACCACUGCCGCUGCAAGAGGGGCAUGAGGAGGGAGCUGCAGUGCCUGCAGAUCUACUGGAGCAUCCACAUGGGGCUGACGGAAGGAGAGGAGUUUUAUGAAGCCUCCCCGUACGAGCCGGUCACCUCUCGUCUCUCUGAUAUAUUCAGACUCGCUUCAAUUUUCUCAGGAAUGGACCCGGCCACCGCCUCCAAGAGCAACCACUGCCUGGACGCGGCCAAGGCCUGCAACCUCAACGACAACUGCAAGCGCCUGCGCUCGGCCUACAUCUCCACCUGCAGCCGGGAGCUGUCGGCCACCGAGCCCUGCAGCCGCCGCAAGUGCCACAAGGCCCUGCGCCAGUUCUUCGACCGCGUGCCCGGCGAGUUCACCUUCCGCCUGCUCUUCUGCUCCUGCAAGGACCCGGCGUGCGCCGAGCGCCGCCGCCAGACCAUCGUCCCCUCCUGCUCCUACGAGGACAAGGACAAGCCCAACUGCCUGGACCUGCGCGGCGCCUGCCGGACGGAUCACCUGUGCAGAUCCCGGCUGGCCGAUUUCCACGCCAACUGCCAGGCCACCUUCCAGUCCCUGACCAGCUGUCCCGGGGACAACUUCCAGGCGUGCCUGGGCUCCUACGCGGGGCUCAUCGGCUUCGACAUCACCCCCAACUACGUGGACGCCAGCACCACCAGCAUCACCAUCUCGCCCUGGUGCUCCUGCAAGGGCAGCGGGAAUAUGGAGGAGGAGUGCGAGAAAUUCCUGCGGGAUUUCACGGAAAAUCCCUGUCUCCGAAACGCCAUCCAGGCUUUUGGGAAUGGCACCGAUGUCAGCGUGGCUCCCAAAAAUCCCAACCCCGCCGUGACGGCGCUGCCCAAGGCGGAGAAGAGCCCGGCCCUGCCGGACGACGUCAACGACAGCAACACGGCCUACGACGCCGGCGUCAUCAGCACCUGCACCUCCCUCCAGGAACAAGGCCUGAAGCCCAACCAGUCCAAGGAGCAGAGCCUGUGCUACUCCGAGGCCCAGCUGACCACGGAUGUGAUGCCGGACCAGAAAACCUUCACGGAUCCCAAGGGGGGGAGCAGUCGGCACCGCGGGAUCCGGAUCCUGCUCCUCAUUCCCGCCCUGAUCCCGGCGCUGGGGCUAUAGAGGGGCGGGAAGGAGCCGGUGGGACGGGGACGCUCGGCUCAGUGCCACCAGUGCCACCAGUGCCACCAGUGCCGCCACCGCCGCCGGCACCGCGCUCGUGCCGGAGACUGGAAUGCUCCCAAAUCCCGGGAAUGCCGAGCUCUGGAGAGGCCAGGAGGACGCUUUGCCACGCUGGGAAACUUUGGUGGUUUUCUUCCUGCUUCUUGUUAUGUUUUUCCCCCCGAUUUGUUUUUUUUUUGGUUUUUUGGUCUUUUCCGGGUCGGUUUUCCGGAGCGGCUCCUGGGAAAACUCCUUGGAAUGGGCCCAGAACGGGGGUCUGGAGCUGCCAGCGGCGCCGGGGAGGGGAAAAAAGAGUCGGAGAAAAGCUUUGGGAAAGGCGAAUUUCAGGAUUCUCUGCACUGGGAUGGCCACGGGGACAACGAGGAUUCCACAUGGGAACAUCCCGGAGGAUGGAGGCGCCGUCGGAGCCGCCUGGAGGGGACUCCUGGAGCUCUUCCCGUCGGUUUUUGGGGGAUUUUGGUUGGGAUUUUUCCUCGGAGAAUGGAAAAGAAACUGGUGUGAAACGUGUGAGGUUGUGCUGAUGUUUCCAAUCAUUCCAGGGGGAGAGGUUCCAUUUUCCUUUUUGUUUUUUUUGGAUUUGGAAUUUGGGUUGGGAGUGGAUUUUGACCCAUCCAGGGUCAGAAUUCCCUAUUUUCCCUCUCCCCUUUAUUUCCUAUAUACAUAUAACACAUGGAUAUUCCCAUAUACAUAACCCUACCCAUCCUGUGGCUUUUAAUUCCCUUUUUUUCCCUUUAUUUUCCUUCUUCUUCUCCUUUUUUUUUUUUUUUAAUUCUUCUGAUUCCCACAACAACUUCCAAAUGUAUUCUUGGAAAAUUUAUUUUUUUUAACGAUGUCUAUAAUGGAAAAAAAAAACCAACAAACCCAAAAUAAACCAAGGAGAACAAACCAAGGAAUGAAACAGCCCCAAAAUCCAAGAUUUCAUGAAAAUCCUGAUAUCCAGUCAGGGGGGAAAACAGGAAUUCCUUCAGCUGCAGGAAUGCCAAGAUUUGGGUUGGAAUUCAACAAUUCCUGGCCUUUUUUUUCCUGCAGGAGACAACAGGGAAAUAUUCCCAAGGAGCUGCCACAUUCCUGAUUUUUCAUGGUAUUUUGGGAAUUUAUAUGUGUGAGAAUUUCAGGUUUCGAAUGGCAAUUGCAGCACUGGAAAAGGGUUUUGUUCCAAUAAUUCCUCCAGGAAUUGUGAUUCCAGCACUGGGAAUGGGUUUUGUUCCAAUAUUCCCUCCGGGAAUGACGAUUCCAACGCUGUUCUUAUCCCCUCUCUGCUCAGAUUCCCAAAAUCUCCACAAUUCCACCCAAACCCCAUCCCCUGGUGCUUCCUCCACUUCUUCCACCCCAUUCCCAGCACGUUAAUUACAGGAGAGGAGAAUUCCCGGGCUUUGUGUGGAAGUGGAAAAUGCUGGGAUGUAAAACCCCGGCUGCCGGGAUGGAUAAUUAACUCUGGAGAUAAUUCCCUCUUCAUUUGGACUCAAUUACUUUCCUGAUAGGAGAAAGUGCUGAAAACACAAUUUUUUUCUUUUUUUUUUUUUUCGGGAUGUGGCAUAAAAUAAUAAUGGAAAAAAUCCAUUCAAGCUUUUCCCGGGAGAGCUUUUCCUUCCUGGGAUAAAGGAGAGGAUAAAUCCCGCUGAAUGCUGCAGAAUUCCAGCCUGGAAUCGCCCUCCUGUCCUUGGAACGUUGGGUUUGGGGGAAAAAAAAACAUUUUGGGAUUUUUAGGAUGGAUCAGCUGGAGUGGGAAUGUCACGGGGCUUGCUCCAAGGAGGAAUUGCUGGGAAAUGAGGGGUUUUUUGUGGGAUAAUUUGGAAUUUUGGGGGAGUUUGAAGGAGUAUUUUGUGUUCCUGGGGUCAUCUUGAGGUGCCUCUUCCCAUCCUGCACCAAAAUUCCUGUGAAUCCUCAAAUUCCAAUGGAGAAUUCCAUGAGGAUUUUCCCCUAUUUCCUGGCUGGAAUCUUCCAUUCCCAUUCCUUGGAUCAGCAAUUCCAAGGGGAAUCAAAAUUUAACUCUUUGGAGAGUGAAGCAUUUCCUGGAAUAUUCCACAUGAAUUCCCAAGUUUCUCCCUCCUGGAAAUGUCCAGAUUCCCAGGAGCAGCCAGGAACACUCAGAGGUGAAUUUUGGGGUUUUUUUUAAUUUUUGAAUUUUGGCUCCCUAAGGAAUAUUUCCCUCCUUAAGGAAUUUUUCCCUCCUUAAGGAAUUUUUGCCUCUCCAGGUGUUUUUAUUCCUUCUCUCUGUUCCCGGGGCUGUAAAUCCCAGCUGGGCCCUUCCAAGGGAAAUAUUCCAGGAAGUCUUUUUUUUUUUUGGAUCCAGGUUUUUGGAAGAGUUAAAAAGUCCCCGUGCUCCUCGGAGGAAAUGCCAAGCGGUGGGAGCAGGGAGGAAAAAAUAGAUGGAAAAGGGUUUUAGGGAGGGUUUUAAAAAUAGCGGAUCUUGGAGGAGAAGGCUGGGAAGACGUCAGGAGGGAGCCUCAAACAUGGAGGGGGAAGAAUUUUCUGGAAAAUUGGGAUUAAUUCCUUCUGGAUUGUGGGAUCUUGGUGUUCUGGGGUUUCUCCUGGCAGCUCCAUGUCCUGAAAAUCCAAGGAAAAGGGGUGAAAAUGUGGGAGAGGGAUGGGAGGAUUUGCAGUUUUUUGGGAUUGGAGGGAGAACGUGGCUGGUGCUUCAUCCAGGGGAUCCAGGAGAGCUGGAAAAGGGCUGCAGGGACAGGACACAGGGAAUGGCUUCCCACUGGGAAAGGAGAGAUUUAAAUGGGAUUUUGGGCUGGAAUUCCUGGCUGGGAGGGUGGGGAGGGGCUGGGCUGGAAUUCCCAGGGGAGCUGUGGCUGCCCCUGGAUCCCUGGGAGUGGCCGGGUUGGGAUAAUCCGGGAGAACGGGAGGUGUCAGAGCUGGAACUGGCUGAUCCCAAAAAUCCCUUCCAACCUGAAGCAUUCCAAGAUCCUGUGACCUUUCUGUCCCAAAGACUUCGCAGGACAGGCCAAACCUCCCAGUGGAGGAGGUUUAAAUCCCAGUAAAUUCCAGUAAAAUGGAGGCUCCUUGGAAAAAAAAAAA